AAAUGCAUCAGAGGAACCUGAUCGUCUCAUCUUCUUCCCUUCAUUGUCUUUAUUUCAUUUUCAUUCUAGGACCUAGAUAUUGUUAUUAUAGUAAUUGUUAGAGGAAACACCGCAUGAAACUACCACUUACUGUCACUAAAGACCCUCCGAUAAACCCCAGAGAAGAAGACAGUGAACUGUUUCCUCCAAGAUGGUCGUCGGUGCCUUCCCCAUCGCCAAGCUCCUCUACCUGGGAGUGAGGCAGAUGAGCAAGCCGGUGGCGAACCGGAUCAAAGCCGGAGCCCGGAGGAGCGAGUUCUUUAAAAGCUACAUCUGCCUGCCGCCGGCCCAGAUUUACCACUGGGUCGAGAUGAGAACCAAGAUGCGGAUCAUGGGCUUCCGGGGCUCCACCAUUAGGCCGCUGAAUGAGGAAAAGGCUGUGGAGCUGGGUGCAGAGUUGCUGGGAGAGGCCAUCAUCUUCCUCAUCGGCACUGGAUGCGUGGUGCUGGAGUACAGCAGGCAGGCUGCUAAUACUCACCUCAAAGAGGAGGAGCUGGGAGACCAUCACAACCACCAGGAUGAUCAUGUUAACCAUCGACAAAACAGAUCGAUUUAGACCAAUCCACACAAAAUAAAACAAAGUGUAAGAAGCAAGAAGUGAAAAAGCUGCUUGUUGGGUCACUGAAUUUCUUCUUCUAAUAAUUAUAAUAAUAAUAAGUACAUUUGGUCAGUUGAUACUAUUAUAAAUAUGAAAUUCUGAUUUACAUGUCCUUGAGUAUU